AAAUGCAGUCUCUCAGCCCGUGAAGCAGCGACUGUACAGUAGCCACCCCCCGAUAGCCAUGGUCGGACAUGUGACUGGGACGAUCGCCGCCUCCACCACGGCCGCAAUCGUCUCCACAUCGGCGGCCCCGCCGUCGUCGUCCUCGGUGAAGGCGGAGCCCCAGUACGUGAGCGCGAAAACGUCGGUGUGGUGGGACAUAGAGAACUGCCACGUCCCCAAGGGGUGCGACCCUCAUGCGAUCGCUCAGAACAUAAGUUCAGCUCUGGUGAAGAUGAACUAUUGCGGGCCUGUCUCGAUCUCCGCCUACGGCGACACCAACGGGAUACCUAGUUCGAUCCAGAACGCGCUCUCUAGCACCGGCAUCACGUUGAAUCACGUCCCGGCGGGUGUAAAGGAUGCCAGUGACAAGAAGAUUUUAGUUGAUAUGCUGUUUUGGGCUGUGGAUAAUCCUGCUCCAGCAAAUUAUCUGCUGAUUUCUGGUGAUAGGGACUUUUCUAACGCCCUCCAUCAGUUGCGUAUGAGAAGAUAUAAUAUACUCUUGGCACAACCACAAAAAGCAUCUGCUCCACUUGUAGCUGCUGCGAAGAGCAUAUGGUUGUGGACAAAUCUUGCUGGUGGAGAAUCCCCUCUGGCAAGUGUUGAAUCAUUGCAGCUUGCUAAUGGUAACUAUCCAUUCGUCGGUGGGAUGCUACAGGACCCAACUUACGAACCAACCCAGACAAGUCAACUCUUGACUUCUGAUAGUAUGUCCAUGUCUCAACUAAGGUACCAAACUUCUACUACUGGGAGGCUUAGCGAUAACACUCACAGUGCAAAUGGAAAACAGGUUUGGAGAUCUCCUACGCCGUCAAGCAUGACCAGAACGGCUAGUUUUCCUGGUAUCAUGCAUGGAGAUACCAAAAAUACUAAUCAUAACAAGUGGGAAUUCACACAAGAAAAGCAGUUUAAGAAAGCGCCUCAUGAAUUUUUUAGUGCUGGUGAGUCCAUUGUCUCUGCCAGUAGGUCUGAACCAAAUAGUUCUCCUAGCAAACAUGAUUUUUAUGGGACUAUCGGCUGUCCACAAAAUCUCUAUCCUCGUCCAGUUACUCCAAACAACCCUCCAGUGCAACCUAAUUUUGGUCAUGGUAACCCACGGCGUUCUAACCCUAGUCGUGACUUUAAUCUGGUUCCUCCAAGGCCUGACACUUUGCUACCUCCUUCUGUUCCACUCACGAGUAUGCCCAAUAUUGGCAAUCGAAGGCUAUCUGAAUCCCCAAGCUAUGCACAAUACAGCAAUCAAAUGGACAGAUAUGAGAAUAAUUCCAGCUUUGGUGAAACUACUAACUCAAUUAGCUAUAAUACAUUGAACAGAAGCCAUGUGUCCAUGGGUCAACAAUUUCAACCUGACAGCAGAUACACUAGUGGUCCUGAAUUUUCAUCUUCAUCUUCUCAAAUUGUUAAUGUUGAUUCUGGCAAUGGUGUCUGGGGAAGUCAGGGAUACACACCGCCUUCUGAGUAUGUGCAAGGCCUUAUUGGUGUUAUAAUACUGGCAUUGAACAAUUUGAAAGAAGAAAAAAUUAUUCCUACUGAAGCAAACAUCACGGAUUGCGUACGUUAUGGGGAUUCUAAGUUCCAGAAUAUAGAUGUGAAAAAGGCCUUGGCUAGUGCACUUGAGCAACGUAUGAUUGUAAAGCAAAAUCUAGGGAUGCUGCAGUUAUAUGUGGGUAGAAAUGAGAAAUUAUGGAACUGUGUCAACAUUAUUGGUGGACUUCCUGGUGAUUACCGGCAAGAAAUAUGGGACUGCAUAGAAAGUUUCCUGUCAUCUGCAGCUGGAAGAUCAGCCUUGUUUGCUACGAGAUCCAGGUACGAGGCAGCUUUAAUUAUCAAGAGAGCUUGCUUAAAAGAUCUUCCUUUGGGCAACGUAAUCCAGCUAUUGAACAUGAUAAUUACAAUCAAGAACUGGAUUGUUCACCCCCAAAUAGGAUGGCAACCGAUUAUUAUUACUCUUGCAGAGACUAAAAGUGAUGUGGAUAGUACAGUCGAAGCUUGAUUUUGGUGAUCAAAAUCAUUAAUGCAUCAAUAUUUAGACUUUCGGGUGCUAAAGAAGCUAUAUAAUAGAAACUAGUUACGUACUCUACCUAUAGUUUGCAUCGCAAACAAACUUUCUUGUUGGUUUUUGCAUGGUUGAAAACCAUAAUGUGGUCAAGGCCAAGAACUUCUUUGAGGAAAUCACUUGAGAUUGCAUACAAAUUGUUUAUGCUGGACAAGUUGAGCUUUCAUUCCCAGCACUCAGAUGGUGCAACAAGAUCUUACUUUUGUGACAAGUAUAUGGGCUUAUAGAAAAUGCCUGAACACAGUUAGUUACAAUGGAGUCGCCAUGGAAGAAUUUGCAGCACAUCUGUUAUGUCUGCAGGAGGUUUUGAUGGAAGCUCACAAUAUGCUCAGUCGAAUGUAGGUUCGCAUUUACGUCCUAUCAGCAUGUUCUGUUCUUUGUGGGUGGGUGAUUGAUGAAGGGAUUGCUAUUGAUGCAAUGCUUGACUGCAGUACUAGUUGGGGAAGAAGCUUUUUACUGGCUGUAUUUUUGUAUUGAACCGAUAAUGUCUUUGGGUAGGUUUAGUUACUAUUUGGACACGUGUUUCUGUUUGUGUAGAACAUUAUGGGGAAAAAAGCCUACAAUCCAGGAGCUUUCCUGUAUCUUCCUCUAUGAAGUUACGUCUGUUUCUCGUAUACCCAUUUCUGGUUAGAGAUGAA